CAGUCAUGUAUAAUGCAUAGCGCUAGUGUAUCAUCCUUUGCUGACGCUAUCUCUCAUGUUUGGUUAGGGAAAUAAAAUCAAGGAUGCUCUCAAGUCCAUAAGUCCAGUGUUUUCUUUCGUUCUGAUCCUGUGCAACCGAUGUCUUACAUGGCAGCGUGGCUCGUAUUCCUUGUCCCUACAUGAGGUCUACUCAGGGUAUCGUGUACGAACUGCUGGGCACGCGCGGAACUAUUUUCUAACUAUAUUUCGGAGGGCCGCACUAGGAAAAAGAUUGUUUGAUUCAGGCGGUUGAGUUCAAGUUCGUAAUCGUAGCAAAUCACGGUACAACCAGCCCUGACGAUAUCGCCGAAGUAGACGCCUUUCGUUUCCCUGUGGGACGAUGUGCGAAUAAAUGAAGGCUGUGACGCUGGGCACGCUGAUUCAAGCCACCAAGGUCCCUGGAGUAACACGCUUAGCUGACGGUUGCAGACCACGUGGUGGUGCCGUUUUGGCCCCGUUUAUUCCUAGCUUUGACGCUGCCAGUGAUCCAAUCGAUGGCAACGAACGGUAGUGGACAGGAUCAGUCAGACGGUGUUGCUAUGUCGCGAGCUGUUGUGGCGGGAAUGCAGCCAGAUAGUCCUAGGACUAGUAAGAGCUCCUGUUUUCACACUGCAAGCGGUCCCAUUCCUUACCAGUCACCCAUAGUUCUAGUCGACCAACUCGGCACUUGCAGGGUGUUGGCCUAUGGUGAUUCGCAAGGCAAGGAGCCGUGCAGUGUACACGCCGUCGCAGCUUAUGAUCAAACGCCUCACCUGCCUCAGUUCAAGGUCUUCUGCGAGCGCCGGGGACCGACUUCAUUCCUCGCGAUCCGCAAGAUGCCGCCACAACAUGGUACCAGUGUAGAUGGUGAUGGCGAAGGACCGAAGACGACUGACGAUUUCUACUGGCUUCAGCUUGCCAGUGACGAGAUGCGUAAGUUGAAUUUGGAGUUCUCCACGGAGGACCCUUCGAAAAUCUUUGAGGACGCUGGCGAGGCUAGGAGGGUUUGGAUACCCUAUUCACAAGCUAUCGAAGAUGAAGCUGUUCGUCGGAUGGCGGACAAGGAUACUGAGAUCGAGAAGCUGCAUUCAUACAAGAAAAAGUACUAUAACGACCAGGUAUGUUAUUGUACUCUCGAGUCCAAGGCCACCAAUGAGAAGGUGAUUGUCGACCUGAAGACUGGUGGCUUGCUGAUCGAGGCAAACGGCACCACGCUUCCAGCCAUCUUCUGCAUACGGAUCUCUUCAUGAGGACAAUUAUAUACCCGUAAUUUGCUAUCUACAAUCGUUCUUGUAGAGGGGGUGUGCGUUUUGAGGUUGACCAACAAGUACUUAUGAUGUUCAUCGUCUGAACAAAUAUGGUUUUGGACGUUGGGAAACAUAACUGCUACGAUUGACAGUUGAGCCUGUAUAAUGUACAAAGCGUUUUAUGUUCUUGGCAGUGAUUUCUGGUAAACUUUUGACGCUUAGGGCGGUAUUGAAUUAUUAUAAAUCUCCCUCUUUCUUUUAAACCUAAAUCCACAACCAUUGCCAUGUAGUGUGGGUGCCAAGAGUACCGCAAUCAUAUUUCUCAAAGUAAUUUCUUUCUUCCUGUUCAUUGAUAGUGGCAUACAUCGAAAUGUUGAACUUGAUGUCAAACGUAUUUUUAUCAUUUUUGUUGAAAAGCUACCUCCUUUGUUGCGACGAUCUUUUGUAUUCUUAACGCUGACCUCUCGUUUUUGAAAUCUUCCCAUAUGUA